UUCUGUGACAACACCAUGAGACCCGAGUCAUUCGAAGGGGCAGUUGAACUGCGUACAUCUUCAAUCAGAGAGCGAGCUGAUUGCGGCUCCGGUCGUGAUUCCGAAACUUAUUGCCACGCGGUUCAGUUAAAUCCCACUGACCGUGCUUUGCCAGAUGUGGUCAGUCCGAACAAUGGCGGUGAUGAAAGGACCGAGGAUCCCUAUGAUACGAUUGGUUCAGUUGGGACGCUACCCAGGACCAAAGAUCUCAGUUCGGUGGUUCCAAACGGUACAUCGUACAGCGGUGAGGAUAACAGGGGAUACACCGUCUCCCCAUCUACAGAAUCUGAAGGCGACAUGGCCAGCAAUCAGUCUGUGGCACCCUAUGCCGCCUGGAGUCAGAUAUUCCCUACGAAUCAACCGCCCCCUUCUGGCGUCACUCCAGGCUGGUGUUCCCGCAAGCGGGUGAUGAUAACUGGCAUAGUCGUAUUCAUCCUGGUACUAGUGUCCGCCUUGACUGCCACCACCACGCUUCUGGUCACCGGCAAAUCAGAACAAACGGGGGCUAACCCACCACCAUCAUCAACGAAGACAACAUCAACGACAGUCUCCACUGCACCACCUACGACUCCUCCCACAGCUUCGAAGACUAUCGUCUCUCUCUCAAGUUCAACACCCACCACCUCUACCUCCGCUUCAACGUCAACAGCCCCUUCCUCCAUUUCAAUAGCAGCCACCCCAACCUUAAAUUCAACAUCCCCUACCUUUAUCACCUCUUUAUCUCCUUCAACACCUACCACCUCUAUUUCUCCUUCAACGACUACCAUCGUUGUCGCCUCUUCAACCUCUCCAACUACUACAGCCAAUACACCAAGUACCAAUACAAGCUCGACGACAAGUCCUUCAACGUCUCCAUCUACAGCUGCAUCUACGACUACUCCACCCACGACUACAGGUAACUACAGCUGUAGUGUAUCCCGGCAGUGUCAUUCCUGUACCUCCAGAAAUGUACGAUGUCCAGUAAACGGCACCAUGGCUGGUACUGACCGCGGUGAAGUCAUGUCGUGUCCAUGUGGGACCGCCUGCUUCUCUGCUGUCAGGUAUACGGAUGGUAACUCUGUUCACAGAGGAUGCACAGAGCAGUAUCCAUUGUGGGACAGUGCGUCUUCUACAGAUCUAUCGUGUCGGGAAGUCGGGGGUGAUGACUUCCUGUGUUUCUGUCUUGGUGAUCAGUGUAACACACACGACAUGACGCCGUACAUACCUUGAAAUACCCCAGUGAUUAAUGUUGUAUCUGCUCAGUAAACACAGAUGUGUGGAUGAUAUGCAGCGAAC